GGGCACUAAUGUGACAGUAAAUGUACCUUUUAAAUGAUGUUAUAUUAAAUUUCACCAAGAUCUCUUAUGCAAAAACAUGGAUGCAUACAGCUUCAACCUCAAUUCCCCUCUCUGAUGUGAAUGAAGAUGUUGCCAGAUCCGUUAGGUCUUACGCUGAAACUCAAGCUCGUGAGAUUUUCCUUCCUUUUCGCUGCUUCUGCAGUCGUAAAGAUGUAAAAUGUAACGAGGUUAUAAUCGAAGACAACGACAUUUCGAAAGCUUUGACGGAUUAUUGCCACAUUAAUGUUAUUGAGAUUAUGGUAGUAAGUGCUUCAACAAAGAAUGGAUUACUCAGAAGGUUUAAAGGUCCAGAUGUUGCCACAAAUUUAAUCAAAGGUUGCCCAGAAUUCUGCAGUGUGUAUGUGAUUUCAAAGGGGAAAAUGUUGUCUGUUCGAUCAGCCACUCGUCCCAUCCCAAGACAGGCUAGCCGAAACCCUGCACAAAGCCAAAGUAGUCCUAAUCUUCGCUCUGCAAAUGAUUCUCCACGUUACCGUAACAGUGGCGUUCGUGCUGGUGCUGCCUUGAGAGAAAGAGAUAGGUCACCGUUUGACCCAAACAGGCUUUCUGAGGACAUGGACAUGAACACAAUCAGGUCACCAUUUACUAGAGGCAGAGCAGCAAAUGGCAGAACAUAUGGAGAACUCGGCACACCAGACUGUGACAUAUCAUUUGUAAGCUCUCCCUGGCCAAGCAAUGACCAACGAAUUAGUAUUGAUCGUCCUUCGUUUGAUAUGAUGGAUUUUGGACUUGGGUCUCGGCUUUCAAAUGGAUCUGAAGUGGAUCGUAUGAGUAUCGGAUCAUUGUCUGAUAGGAGAUCAAUUGAUCAAAAUGGCUUAGCUGAUACGUACUCCUCUUCUAGUGGGUUCUCAGCGUCUUCUGAGGAUUUUGAGACUGAGAUGAGAAGAUUGAGACUUGAGCUCAAGCAGACUAUGGACAUGUACAAUGCAGCCUGCAAGGAAGCACUAAAUGCAAAACAAAAGACAAGUGAACUUCAAAGAUCUAUGAAAGAAGAGGAUCAACGAUUAGAGGAUGCACGUUUGUCAGAGGAAAAUGCUCGGGCAAUAGCUGAGCAAGAGAAGGCCAAGUGUAAAGCGGCAAUUGAAGCUGCAGAAGCAGCUCAGAGACUUGCAGAACUCGAAGCACAAAAGAGACAUCAUGCAGAAAGGAAAGCCCUCAAAGAAGCAGAAGAGAAGAAGAAGGCACUGGAAGCUUUGAAUCAUAAUGAUGUUAGAUACAGGAAAUAUAGCAUUCAAGAGAUUGAAGUUGCCACUAAUUACUUUUCUGAAUCACUUAAGAUUGGAGAAGGGGGGUAUGGUCCUGUUUAUAAGAGCACCCUUGAUCAUACACGUGUCGCCAUCAAGGUUCUUAGGCCUGAUGCAGCACAAGGACAAUCACAAUUUCAGCAAGAGGUUGAAAUCCUAAGUUGCAUAAGACAUCCCAACAUGGUGCUCCUCUUAGGUGCAUGCCCUGAGUACGGCUGCUUAGUCUAUGAAUACAUGUCUAACGGAAGCUUAGAGGACCGUCUUUUUUGUAGUGGAAACACACGACCACUUCCAUGGCAACUGAGAUUCCGCAUUGCUGCAGAAAUCGGAACAGGCCUACUCUUCCUUCACCAAACAAAGCCCGAGCCACUUGUACACCGAGAUCUCAAACCCGCAAACAUUUUACUAGAUCGAAAUUUCGUGAGCAAGAUCAGUGAUGUUGGGCUAGCUAGGUUGGUCCCACCUUCCAUAGCUGACACUGUAACCCAAUAUCGGAUGACUCAAGCAGCUGGAACCUUUUGUUACAUUGAUCCAGAGUAUCAACAAACAGGGAUGCUAGGGACAAAAUCGGAUAUAUACUCAUUAGGUAUCAUGUACUUGCAAAUGAUUACAGCUAAACCAGCUAUGGGUUUAACCCAUCACGUACAAAGAGCUAUUGAAAGAGGAACAUUUGAAGAAAUGUUGGAUCCUUCUAUUCAAGAUUGGCCUUAUGAAGAAGCCUUACAUUUUGCUAAACUCUCUCUUCAGUGUGCAGAGUUGAGAAAAAAAGAUAGACCUGAUCUUACACAAAUUUUACCAGAACUCAACAGAUUGAGGGAGUUUGCUGAAGCAAAUAGUCCUACAUACAUGUCUUCUCCCAUGUCUUCAAACUCCCCCUACAGGCCAAGCCAAUUUUCCACAAAUCAUUAUUCACAGGAUGUGACAAGUGAAAAUCCAUCACCAUCACGGUUGUCAACAGGUUCAGGGGUAAGCAGCGGAAGAAGUCGGACAAGCUUCUCAUCUUCAUCAGGAGGAACUUCGUAG